GGCGCCACAGAAGUGGUCACGUGACUUCGGGAGGCGGAUGCGCCAUGGCCCGCUUGUGCAGCCCGUUCUGUCAGCCCCUUGCCGAGUUUUCGUGAACGAAAUCUGCCGCCAAAAAGGAUUACCAGAGCCGGCGUAUGCGACAGCGCACAAUCCCGGUGGAAGAGCCCAGCGGUGGGAGGACAGACUGUGCUGACAAGAGUGGCGCGCCCCCAUGUGCCUCUGGCGCUGUGGCCGGGGAGCUGGAGCGCGGGCAACGUUGGCCGGCAUGCGUGGACGCCCCCCUCGGGCUGCCCUCCACGGCACCGGCCGAUAAGCCAUGAGUAGUGGUAACUUGACGGAAGCGGAGAUUCUGGAGCGGGCUGCGGAGGAGCGGGCGGCCAUAGUUGCACGCUACGACCGCGGCCGAGACAAGGACAAUGUCGCCCAGAUCGACCCCUGGGAGGACCCAAAGUUCGAGCUGUACCAUGUUACCGACAAGUACGGCUUCAUACAUAAUGAGCGGCUGCCCGAGAAGUACACGGUCCACGAGGCAAAGGUUCGUGACCAGGAGAAUGUGCGCCUCAACAAGUGGCGCAAGAUGCUCGAGAGCUGGGACAAGUACUACCCGAACGAGAAGUUGCGGCGGCGGGUCUUUAAGGGAAUACCCAAUGCAGUUCGAGCCGAGGUGUGGCUGCGGCUACUCGACGUGGCUCGCAUCAAGGCCGAACAGGAGGGCAAGUACUUGGAGAUGCGGGAGCGUGCACGCUUGUGGUCUCCAGACAUUCGGCAGAUUGACUUGGACGUCAACAGGACGUAUCGGAAUCACAUUAUGUUCCGGGAGCGCUACAGCGUCAAGCAACAAGCCCUGUUCCAUGUCCUAGCAGCGUACUCUGUGUACAACACGGAGGUGGGCUACUGCCAAGGGAUGAGCCAGAUUGCUGCUCUCCUGCUUAUGUACAUGAACGAAGAGGAUGCCUUCUGGGCUAUAUCCGUGCUCAUGACGGAUGAGAGGCAUGCCAUGCAUGGCUUCUUCAUCCAGGGGUUCCCGAAGCUGCGACGCUUCCAGGAGCACCACGACAAGGUGCUGGGCCGUCUACUGCCCAAGCUGAAGCGUCACCUGGACCGCUACGAGAUGCACACCUCGCUGUACACGCUCAAGUGGUUUUUUCAGUGCUUCCUCGACCGGGUUCCCUUCACGCUGACACUGCGCCUCUGGGACGCCUACAUCCUGGCCGGGGAGCCCGUGCUGACCGCCAUGUCGUACACGCUGCUGCGGCUGCACCGCAAGACCUUGCUCCGCAUGGGCAUGGAGGAGAUGAUCGACUUCCUACAGGCCCGCCUGGAACAGGACUUUGGUUUCCAUGACGACGCAGCCAUGGAGGCCCUACAAGAUGCCAUGGAGGAGCUGCGACGACAGGGGCUGGCAGUGCCCCCGGGCAGGCCACCCCCAUCGGAGCUGCCCCAGCGGCCAUUUGGGCUCGAGCUGCCCCCCUCCGCUUACCUGCCACACCGGGGGGCUGCCUCACCUCGCAUCCGCAACUCUAACAGUCGCACGCUGACCAAUGGGAGCCGUGCGUCGACGCCGUCGGGUCGAGCCACGCCAGCUGCUGCGGAGAACGACGACGUGGUUUCGGAAGGAUGUCCCGCAACUCCGAUCGGGGGCACCAGCAGCCUUCUGCGCAAGGGGGCAUCCCCUCUGGGCCGACGGGGUGGUGACACGAGUGAGGACGGUGCGAGCUCGGUGGUGGACCCUCUGAGCUCGCGGAACUCACUGGCCGAGACAUCGCAGACGUCAGCCGCCGACCUCUCCAGCUUCUCGAGCCCAUCGGCGACGCUGCGGAGGACACCUUCGCUCUACGACAACGUUGACUACCAGGAGAGUCUGGAGGCAGCGGCUGCGGCUGCGGCACAGACUCCCAUCGCGUCUCCGCCUGCGGCUGUGGUCGCCUCGGCCAGGGGCGCCGCCCUGAGCCAGCAGCGGGCUGGCCAGGAGUCGCCAGAGGCCAGCGGGGAGGCGGUGCGCAUUUACGUGCCCUAUCACGGGGCAGGCACGGGCACUGCCACUACGGACAAGGACUCGUCCACCGUAGCAGCGGCAGCGGUGGCCAAUGGUGACGUGACGCCCACCAACCAGGACCCAAAUAAGAUCACCAUCCACGUUGACCUGCACCACUACGGUACGGGGGCGACGACGGCUGCACCUGCGACGGGAGCUCCGGCAGCUGCGAUGACAAGCGUGUGCUGCGACAGCGGAGACGGCGGCACCCUGCGGCACACGGGCAACUCGACCUUUCACCACGUUGCCACCACUGACCUCUAGUGGGAGGCGCGGCCCCGGCCCUCGGGUGCACACCGAUGUGCCACUGGGACCAUGGUUACAUUGAAACGGGUCAGAGGACGACAGCAACGUGGUGCCUCCGAGCAUGGCCAUUCAGCUGUAUGCUGCGCUGCGGAGCUCCGCAGAGCUGGCUGGCACGUCUUGGCCACAGGUGUUGGUGGCCUCGGGACAUCGGCAUGCAGUAGAAUGCAUCGGCCACUGCCACCGACUGCUCAGCCCCCUCCCCCCCACCACUUUUGUUGCAAAAAGCAAGAGUGCUCCUCUGGCGCAUGAGAUGCCUGCCAAGAGAAAAAUUUUACUGUCGCGGGUGCACCGUGGUUGGGUGUAAGCCACAAGUGGCAACCCUGUGUUAUCAGUGACGCUGCAUUAUCAGGUGAACACCACUCUUCCUGGUCGUAGACAUGCUCAUUGCUGACGGUGCAUGCACAUGGUUCGUAUGACGUACUAAAUGCCGCUUAUUAGAGGAGCGCUGGGUACAUGUAGGUUUUAUCUACGCUAAACAUCUGGGUUCAUUUGCGCUCAAGUUUCCCAUAGAGGUCGCAUUUUCGUGGUGCAUGGCGUUUACUGCAGUUGGUUUCAUUACUUGCUUGUUCCAUCUGCGGAAAAUCAAAACUAAGCGCCAUCUGCGGCAACAGCACGCAAAAAACUGUAAGCGUGAAUGGAACAGACAGCACCAUCGCUACAAUGCCGUGAAAUGAACUUCGUUUGGCAUUCCCGUAAGUUAAUCAUACUUCCGAAAGCAAGUAUUUAUUCUCUAAGCAAGUAGUAAUACACCCAAACAUGGUCUUUAACUGCAUGUACAUCUGUGAAACAUUGAAGUGCAAAUGAGCCAACUGUGUAGAUGAAAAAGGCGCAUAUUCUCUGCGCUCCUGGUUACUCACUGUUUGGUAUAACCUUGCAAAUAGCAAGCCUGGUUCAGCAGGGAAGCAUUCUUUGAGCCACGGACAUGGGCAACUUGCCGGCAACUCCAUGCGACCUAAACAAGCACAUUGCAAACUCCUUGAUAAGUUUGUUGCUAGGUCGCUCAUUAGUUUGCCAGUGGCCUCUGUAAGUGUCUGGCAAACUCGCGCGCAAGUUCUUUGUCGCGAAGUUGCUCAUUACUUGCUGGUUUAGGUGUGGCUUGCAAAUCUGACCCCUGGCAUCGCAGUCUUUUAUUGCUUGGGUUGGUUGUCAAGCACGCACAGCUUACCUUACGGGUUGCACUGAAGUCACUCAGGCCAUUCUGAAGCUGGCCAUUCUUAGUCAUCUCUAUUAUCUUUAUUUUUUUUGUGUUUUGCGUUGUGAAGUGGGUUUCUUAAUCCUGGAAAUGUAAAAUUUGUGCUGAAGUGGGAAGUAGGGAUGACAUAUUCUUAAGACUCAUGCAGACUUCGCACAUUGUUUGCAAGCAUGGAUUCCCUUGCAUGGCCUGCAGCCUGAAUUCGUGCAUUUGCUUAUUUUUUAAGAAAUUUCUACUGCAGAAAAUGAACAUUACUAUCCCUGCCUCAUUUUGGACUCAAUUGUUUGGUGCUGUGCAGGGUGUCGUCAUCCUGACACACUGGACUUACAUUUCCUGCUAUACAGAACACACUAUAUGUAAGGAAACCUUGUAAUGCAUUGUCUUUGCCACAUGCAAUGCAUGUUUUUGUGCAUGCAUUAAAUGCUGUAAGUGCACUCGUUUCUUUUGUUUGUUGAUGGUUUUCGAAUGGCAACAGUACUUUGAGCCUUGCGUCUUUGCACAGAGUUGGCUGACAGGCAACACUGCCUGUUUGGAUGCGACUGCUUAGACGUUAAGCCUUUUUGAGAACAAGCGUUGCUUGAAAUUUAGGCACAUGACUUUGUAAGGGUCCUUGGUUUUACCUUGUCCUAAUUUCACUGAUCCUAGGCAGAUUACAUAGUGCCAAAUUAGUUUUUUCUGGGAAGUUUGUGUGUGUACGUGCCUGUGUUUUUUUUCUUUAUUGCACUAAUUUAUCUUGAUGACUGUUAUCUUGUAUAGGAAUUGUUGCAUGUGACAGCUGAAGGGCUUUUGUUGUUGUGUAAUCCAUAACGGAGGGGUUGUGAAUGGUAUAAAGGACAUUUCCUGAGUGGCGUCGUAGCCCGAACUCUAUCCAGGCCAAGUUUUUUGCUGCAAACAGCGACAGCGUGCCAUUGUUCUGUGCUGCCUUAUACACCUAUAUUUAAAGUAGGAAGCAAACUUAUGUUGCUACGUGCAUGAGUUGGAGGGUUCCCAAACCUUAUUGUCUCCGGGGGACAUUGGCAGUGUUCCGCACUUGUCGUAUAGACAUCGCUUUGGUGAAUAUCUGCACUUCUUUCACUCAAACAACUCCAAAAUGAAGAUGGGAAUAAAAAUAGAUUCAGUGCCCAUGCAAUGUGCAUCUGUCUUAAGCUUCUGCUUAGAAGAAAACUAAAGCUGUGAGCCAUGGUUUCAGCAAGGCUUGGGUCAGGGUUGUGAGCUAGGUUUGUUGAUUAUUCUAUUGCUAUGGAAACCAGUGCAGGAAUCGGACAAGGACAGAAGCUGAGGCACAGAAAAGUGUACGAAGUGCUGUUCAUUAAAGAUUUAUUUUUCUGGUAAGCAGUUUUUUUAGUUCAUACACCAAAACGAAACGGCAAACACAAUCAGUGAUAGCGUUUUCUUUUUGCUCUUUAUAGCACACACUCGUAUAAGUGGUACAAGUUGCCCAUCUGUUGCCUUGUCUGAGAAAAAGAAAGCUAUGUGUGAUUUUUUAAUAAAUACUGCCCAUGCACAAUACUGAAAAGAGAGUGCUAAGCUUACAAGCUUUUUGUUUAGACAUUUGGCCAUUGUGCAGUCUAAAAAUCAAGCCAAUCCUAUCAUGGUGAAACCUUUGUUGAGUCUUUCUCAAUUCUUUCUUUUGCGUGCUAUUAAAAAGUAUUAAUGUACAGUUGUUUAGAACAGUAAUCUGUUUUCAAGCUACCCAACAUAUGUUGCUUUGGUCCUUGAAAACUAUUUGUCCAUGCCUUGGGAACUUCUUCAAAACCUUUUAAAGUUUUCUCCAAGAAUACCCAUGCAAACCUACUAUCGUCCAUGAAUGCACAGUUGUGAUCUUCAAUGUGCAUUCAUUUGUGAGUGUAUUAUACACCACUGAUAAUGUCCUGAGCUACAGGGGUCUGAAGCACAGUGCACAUUUUUUCUUUCCUUGACUUCCUUUUCUAAUUUUCGUUGCCUGAAUAUAUCAUGCUGCUGUUCACGUUCCACAAUGUGGAAAUGCACUUGGAACAUUUUGCUGGGCCAACUUUUCUAACCAUGAUACCAAAUACUCCUACCACUAUGGAUUGUCGUUGGCGCUUUAGAAGGAACAAUUCAUUGCUGAGGAAGAGAGUUUGUGCACUUGCCUUAGCUGAUACAUUUUGCCUAGUGGGAUGAAAAAGAAGGUCCAAAUGAACAGGACAACGUUGGUACAGCGCAAGAAAUGCGUUGUAAAGAACAGGUAUGACAGGAUGGGCGCUGACUAACAUUUGUUUCGACUGCACCAGCUAUAUUUAUACUCCACCACGUUGAGCAAGCAAAUACACUGUGCGUAGCACAUGUCUAAACGUACCUGUCAGAAAAGUCGCAUCCUUGACUGCAUAAUUUGCAUUGUCAGCAAGAUGGCCUACUCGCUAAGGUUGAGGUCCUAUUAAGCAGAAGCGAGCACUUGAUUGAUUGAUUAUUGUGAUUUGUUGGCGCAAGGGCCAGUUAUGGCCAAAGAGCGCCGAGCACUUGCCUCAACUCAUGCUUUGAGAUUGACGUCCACCAUGGCAUCGUACUUCAAUCAAUCUUUGCCAUUCUAUGUUUGUGAUAGAAUGUGGCAGUAAAGAUUUUUUUUCCUCUUCGCAUUGCAUAGCAUACCAUAGCACUGCUUUUUUUUUUAAGUCAUUAUGGGAGCAUGAUUCUUUUUUUUUUUUUUUCAGAGUUAGCAUUCCUGAAGGUUUCCGUUGUCUAUUUUAUGGUACUUGGGCCACAACUUGGACACACACCAAAAUUGGUAGUGUUCUCUAAGUGACUAAUCACUUUGGUGGAAUGGCGAGGCCAGCAGCAAGUAGCACACCAUUUUAUUUACAAGUUGAGACAACAGUGUGCACGAAACAGUAAAUUUAGACGUGUUAUAUUUUCAUGCAUAUAAGCCGCCCCUGCAUACAACCCAUCAGUUAAAGCAAAGUACAUGUGUAAGUUGCGCAGAUAGUCCUGGACAAUGAUGUUCAACUCUGUGACCUACAGUACACAACGAGGUAAAGAGAUCAUAAGGGUAGCUUGUUGGGAGAUUUCAUACAUGGUUUUUUAGCGCGGGAUUGCUAGCAAACACAAACGAGAAAUUCAUAGCACGGCACAGGCAACGUUGAAGGUAGCACAUAAAUACACAUAAGCUAUUUAUAACCUUUACUCAAGCAUAGACAUGGUACAUUUGCCAUCUUGGAUGUUUAUUUAAAUGGCAAGUAUACAAAAAUAAUUGUGGGGAGCACGUAACCAGGAAAAAUGCGCCUCACAAGUUAAUCGGAUGGCAGUGCACUUACACUGUGCAGUACUUUUCAGAGAUGUGCUUUCCAUUAAUUAUUUGGUGCUGUGAUGAAUGAAGGUGAGAACACAAGUUUGCAAGAAAUCAGACCAAUCUGAACUAGUCGCUUCUUAAAGUUUCCUUUUCUUUUUGCAUGCCGUAUGUUAAGCAGUCAUUCUGCCGUAUUUAUUUCCAGGUUAAUUAUCUGGUGUAAAGGAAACUUACUUCCUGGUACUUCACUAAAUGAAAGUUACAGCUCUGGCCAGAGGCAUGCGGACAGCCUACAAGCAUUCACCUUUAAAAUGUGUCCCAAUGCCUUGAGCGUCUAAAGCUGCUAGCUGGGCGCAGUGAUUAGUUAACGGACGUAACUGAGAACUUGCAAGUUUUCGCCUGCUUCUGUCCAUGAGCACACUUUCUUCAUGACUGCCAGAGUUUCCAUGUCUGAUACUCUUUCCGUGGUUAGAGGAAUGCACUUGCAUUGUUAAGCCUUGCCUGGGAACAGAAUGGCCGAGACAUAUCCAAACGAGCAGCAGUAUCGCUGGACAGAAGUGAGAGAGUGCAUUGUGUUGUUAUGUAUGUAGUACUUAAUAUUGAUUGCACAGGUUGACCUAAACGCGUAAAUAGUGCAGUCUUGUAAAUGGUCUGCUGGAACUUAGCCCAUCGUUUAUUGCUGCAUACCGCACAUUGCUUGUUCGUCAAUUUCUGCAUGUGUUCUGUGGCUUCUGGUGUAUCCAUCCAUACCUGGCAAUUGGACUGGCUAGAACCCUGCAUGUGUUGGCACAUAUUUGCACGAAUACCAACUUUUGAUUUUGUUCUUGUAGCUUCCAUCCUGACCCUGAUACUUUAAUAUUUGGAACCACACGGCAAACACAAAAACCAACAUUUGUUUUCUGCUGCUGUGUAAACAAUCUUAAAUGUCUAACCUAUGAAAGAAAAGCAUAUUUUUGACCUUACAUAACAUUUUGUAAGCAGACUUCCCCACAUGCAUUCUUCAACAUAUUUUUUUUUAGGCUGUGGGUGAGGAGAAAAUAUGUUUGACAAAAUUAACAAUUUGCAUGUGUUUGUUUCACAACAUUUAGGUGCCCUUUUGAGCCUGUAACUGUGCUUGCUGUAUACAUCAUCAGGUCACAUUAUAGUCAAAAAGUGCAUCUCUUAAAAUUUUGUUAGGCACUUCAUUAAGUUAGCUCUAGCAUUAUAACUUCCUGUGCAGUUUCACUUUGACGAAGUGCACUCUGUGCAUAGGCUGUUGAUGGUUCGAGUUUUCUUUGAAUAAUUUUUAUCUGGCAUGUUGGAGCAUGCCAAAACAUGCGAACGAUUUGCUUUAUUUGAAACGUCUCUGCUAGGCGCAAGAAAGUAAAACAAAAAAAGCCUUUAAUUUAGCACAUCGUAAUGUUCUGAAGUGUCACACCAAGGAACACAACAGUUCACGCCUCACUAGCUGUUUCUAGAGAAACCACUGUUCUAAAGUUGCAGGGUUGUUUCCUGCGGUUUGUAUUGAGUGAUAGCGUGACAUGCGCAAGCUAAUCGCGAUUGCUCAGAUUGUGCUGUUGAAUUUUCUGCUGGAGAAGGUUGUGGCAAAAAUGACUGCUUUUGCUUCAGGGCUGUCCAAGACAAGUGCUUUGCGCUCAAGGUGAAAUGCUGCCAGCUCGCAGGGUGCUACACUUUGUGAGGAGCCAAUGUUGUUCUACAAUUCUAUUUAAGGGCGAUGAUGGAUGUGCCACCAUGCACUGACAAAUUAAUUUUCAUCAGUUCUCUAAUAAUCCUUGGAUACAUUAGUUCUGAAAGGUGGAUUAGUAGUAUUUUGCAAUAGUAGCACGAUUUUAACAAUUCUAUUGUGACUAACAGUGGCACUUGCUUUCAUUUCCUGCUUGUUGAAAAUGCUAUUAUAAGUAACCAUUUGUCAUUUCUUCUAAUGCAAGACUAAUUUGGACACUGGAACUAUUAUUUUGCAAUACUAUGAAAAUGCGGCUCUUCUGCCGCCUUAAGAACUUUCCUUAGCCCGAGUGUGUGCAGCAGCUGUUUAACGAACGUCACAUUUACAACUGUAACUCGUAAAUACAUCUUGUUUCUUUUAAGUGGUAACGUUUAAUACAAUUCUUGUUAUUCUGCGACAGUUCUUGUCAUGUUUGGAUUGCAAGUAUUGAAGUUGUCCGCAAGCUAUUUUGUGUCAUAUUGAUGAUGGGUAAACCUUUGCAUCAUUGAUUUGCUGGCAAGUGUGAAAGUCUAAUGUGCAUCGGGAGACAAGAGAUUAUUCUACCAAGUGUUGCAUGAGUAGGAGUACCAGGUUAAUACAUUUAUUUUGGUUGAACCGCUGGUUUACUGACACUCAAAUUUUGCACGGAGAGGCUGUUUCAUGGUGCAUGCAGUUCAAUAUCACCAUCAGUUGCAGUACUUUUCUGUUUCAUUCAGAAGUCUGGCUACGGUGAUACAACAAAACGGGUGUUGAUUUCACUUCAAUGGAAAAGGUUGUGCCAUCUGUCAUUGUUAGCACAAAACACAGCCUCCCGUGUCUGGCCAUUACAGUGAAAGGUGGUGCCACUGCUUCGUGGUACUUUUUUUUUUUCUCUCUCCUCGCUUGCUUCUGACACAUUCUGCACAAAACAGGCAAGUACUGUACUAAACUGAAUGCACCAUGAAGUGCUGCUUUUAUGCAAAAUGCGAGAGCAAAUGUGUUAUUAGCAGGAGCAGUCACAUACACCUGACCUUCCUAUUCGUGUAACAGCCUGUACACUAAGCAGGUUCAGGACCUUUGUUCUGGCAGCAUUGCACUUGACCCAAAGUAUGUUAUGGCCCAAAUGCUCAGAGCAAUAAGAGCGAUUCCCUAGCUAGAAUUACCAGGCAAUACGCAGGAACUGCAGCAGCUUUUGGUGCAUGGGACUUGCAGAUAAUAUUAUGACAGGAGAAAGUGUAGCCUCCAAAGCAGCCAUUUUUGCCUUUUCAAUCCUUUCUCCGUGCAGCCUGUCUGCACCAAUCACUCAUCCUGCCUCGAGUUCAAGUUUGUUGAGCCUGAUAAUUCUCCAUCAUGCGCCAGCUGAUGAAGCCAGGCUUUCUUCACAGCUCUCACAUUUGCUAUUCUCCUGCUCUAGUAAUUCCAUGACGCAUAUCCAUGCGUCUUCUGCUAGCAGAGCAUGUGUGAGGACCAUACAACAUGAAAACCACUGGAAAGCGGGGGUUUUCGGGAAGGCUCGGUAUAGAUGUCGCACUAAGCCUUCUUGCAAUUUGCUCGCAUGGUUCUUAGAUUUGAAGAAACAUGGUAGUUGUGACGAUUGUUGCAUGUAUGCUGUCUGUUCGACUGUGCUUUAUAAAUUUCAUUGUUUAAGGAAAACAACGUGUUGACACUGGAAGAGGCAGAAGUGAGGCAAUCACAGUGUGUAGUAUGCUAUUUCAUCUGGCCUAUGUUGCAGGCAGGAUUGCCAGGGAAAAAAAAAAAGAAACGCACAUCUAAGUGAAGAAUGCAUGUUUGCUCACUCUGUGUGCUUGUGGUUCAUUUAGCUGCUGUGCAAUCUGCACACCUUGCAAUAGCUUCAACCUGUGCGCCUCGUUGUGCAUCGAAUUCUACUUUGGCAUCCAUGCUGCUCAUACACAGCUGCCCCAGCCCUAAGCAAGUGUUGCAAUGCUAACCACACUUGCAGGGUUCGUGUCUUCAUCCCCUUUCCAUUUGCAACAGGCGAAAAAAAAAUGCCAGUUUUGUUAUAGCCUUGAUCCUGCUACUGCAAGAGUAAGCAGUUAAACUUGGAACAAGUUCUUGCUUGUUCCACUUUUUUCACUGAUUAUGCACUUUGAAUUCGCUUUGGGGUUUGUGGAGUGCUCCCGCUCUAUAGUGUGUAGAUUCUUACAGAGCUUUCAUGCAAGCUUUUUGUCUUCAAUUAGCCCCCAAUUCCUGAACCUUUGGUGCUUAAAUUACUCAAAUGAGGAUAGCCUUACAUCCUAGAAAAUGUGCAGAUCACAUCUUCAGGUGUUCAACUCUCUGCAUUGCAAAUUAUCUAUCUCUUCCUGUUUGGCCGUGACAGCUACUCAAAGUUAGCGAAAUGUAGUUACAAAAUGGAUACCAAGAGAAGGGAAGUGCAGUCGAGGACGGCAGAAAACUAGGUGGAGGGAUGAAGUUAGGAAAUCUGCAAGUGCAAGGUUUGAAUCGGCUAGCGCAAGACAGGGGUAAUUGGAGAUCGCCUUCGUCCUGCAGUGGACAUAAAUAUAGGCUAAUGAUGAUGUGGCAUUACAUUGCAUGCAUUAGUUAAAAACUUGCUUUUGAGUGGCUUGUGCCAUGUUUUAACAAUAAGCCUAACCUGUAGUGUUUGAUGCAUGAAUUCUUUUAAACUACUCUCAGAAAUUGUAAAACAGUGUUUUUCAAAGCAUGAAGUAUAGCUCCUUGUUAAAGCAGCUAAUGUCAGAAGACAGUGCUAGGUGUUCCAAGAUUCCCUGCUUUGAGAGUGAUAGGCUUAAUACUCUUCCGAUUGAUAAUAAGGAUCGACCGUAAAAAAUUACCACAGCCAGAACUGCAGUUACUUGCUGUGUCCUUGCAAGCACAGUGGCUCAGGCGAGUUGUUAUAACUGUGUUGCGCUUCUGUGUUUCACUUGCACCUCAAUGACUGAAGAUCAUACAGAGCAAGUGUGGUUAGCAUCUUACUGUCCCGAGUGGUUGUAGCUUUGACUUGUACAAGGACAAUCUACUUGGUGAGCCGUCUCUGUGUGUGUGUGUGGUUCUAGUGCAGUUUUCAGCUAUUUAUUGUCAUUGUGGCUGCAUAUAUUUUAAACUUUGGUUUUCGUCUUUCAUGGUUGAGCGCACAGAGUACUCUAUCACUGAAACACUCAAAUGCUGCUGAAUCCAGUCUCCCAUGUGUCAGGAAUGUUCUCUUACCACCUACAAUAUGCUGUGAACAAGCCAAAUGCAAAUGAUAAAGUAUAAAAUAUGUAACAGUUCUUGCAAGCGCUAAUAACUCGAAAGGGUGAGUUUGCACUGUUACGUGCAUAGCCAUCAACAAUGGUGCAGGCCUCAAGCUAGGUGUACAAGCUGCAAUCGCUUAAAAGCCAAAAUAAGAACACAUUUUAGUUGGCCCUAGCUUGUUUCUGCUUUAUUAGUUCACAUGGACUCUGAAGAGACCUUAAAACAAUUUCUGAGUAUAUUUCUAUGCCCAACUCAUACCACUUAUGUUUGGUCCUGCUAACAUUGUCGUUGCUUGUUUCGAAAUAUUGGGAGCAAGAAAAUGGGUUGAUAGCGAAUGCUGUGCUUGGACGUUAAGUCCCUCUUCCCAGUGGCUGCAUUGGCACACCUUGCAGUACUUCCACUGGCUUCAACAGCAUCGUGUAGAGUGCAUCUGUUGUUUUUUCUUUAACUUCUGUGUACAUAUAUACAUAUAUAUAUAUUCUAGAUAUACAUAUGUGUCAUAGCACUUGAGCAUCCUUUCUGACAGUUUAGCGUGAGCUUUUAGACUUACUCAAUGACUGUGGCCAUGCAAUACUUUGUCUCUUAAGCCCGCCCUGACACUUGUCACAAGCGAUUAACGACCUCUGCUCUUUGAGAGCAGGCAGCACGAAAGGUGGGGUGGGUGCAUUGUGAUGACUGGCCAGGGACACUGUGCUUUCAUUGGUUGCAGAUAAGCCACUGCAUGUGUCUUUUGGACAUCAAGUCCCGGCCUUUCUUUGAGAAGAACUCGCUGCUUGUGGUUGUUGUGGUUCAGUGCUCUAUCCUCAGUGGGGCGAUGCAACUCGCAAAAGUUACCGUGACGUCACAUCACCAACGGUGACAAGUGGUGGCUAGUGACCAAGGGGCUUUAUUGGUUCUGCGGACACUGGCAUAUGAAGUGUACUACAACAUGCUGCCAACAGGAGAUAGAAAGCAGACAUGCUCUACUCUUGCUUCAGAUAUGGCCUUCUGGACAGAACACUUUUUUUUCUUUCUUUCAUGUUACCUGUUGCUUGACUGAUUGAAUUGCAGAAAAGUUACCGCAUUGUUGCGAUUUAAUGUUCCAUUUUAUUUGCUUUAAUGUUUUGUGCAUCUGAAGUCACUACUUAUGUAGACCAAUCAAUGUACUGUACAUGUACUGUCAUGGUAGAAAGAAACACAAACUGUAAGGUGCCAGUGUGUGUGGCAGGAUUUAUUUGCUGUCAGUCAGUUUUGGGGCUUGAGCACACUAGCACCUAGUGAUGCCACAUCAAGCAUUUCAGUGUAAUAGCUCUACUACUUGGUUUCUUCCCAUUCGACAUAACAUUACAUUGUGUGAAUUAUACUGAAACAUCUGGAAUGUGUCGUGAGCAUGCAUCGCCACUCCAGAUGCAGAGCAGCAUGGCUUGCAAAUGCUGGGUUGAUGCCAUUGACAUGCUGCUUUCUGCAAGGGCAGCAAGAUUCCUUCAUGCUCCUGUAUAAUCUUGUGUCCAUUGGUCAGAACAAUAAGCAGAGCCUUCCACCUGACUGAAAGCCACAAAUUGUCAUGCAGCGGUCUGUUAGGUAUACGACUCAAGCAAUACCUCAUGGCUUAGCAAGUCUCACAUGACUCCAUGCAGACGGCAACAAGGCAGUCGGUGUUGAUAUACUUGUUGAUGGCACAAGAAACACGGGACAGAUGAAAGGUACACACGCACCGAUGCACACUACUAACAGACGGUUUAGUUAAAGAAAUUGUUAAGGCAGCAGCUGUCCUGUGUGUGUGUGCGUUGCUCUCAUUGAGGUUGUUUUUGUGCACACGCUCACUUGUGCACAAACUAACCCAGCAGCAUGGUCUUAUGAAAGCUAAUGUAAAGGUAGGGUCACGUAAUUGUCAGUAUGCAUAUUCCAGGAUCAUGUGACCAUACCUACUUAAAAACAAAAGGGGGUCUGGGGGUGUGCACCUAUUUGUCCGUUCCUUUUGUCCGUCCCAUGUCUUCUGCACCAUUCAAAAGUAUGCAGCAAUGCCUAUCAGUAGCUAGUGUCCACUGUGCAUGUAUUGUGCUGUCCAGUCUGACAUCAGCUCUUGUCUGCAGGGGUGUGUUGCAUCUGUGAACUUUCAGCCCGUGCAACCAGAGUUGCCAUACUAGGUGGCACAUGCAAGUGGACAAGGUUGCCAGGCUGUGUCUCCAGAGCAAUGCUUUCAUCUGCGUCUCGUACAUCUCUGCCCGGCCAGCCUAGCUCUUCAUUCAGUCCUUGCUGCUAACUUGUGCCUGUGACCUUCGUGUAUUGAAAUUAGUGUAUUGAAACAACCCUGUGUAUAGCGUCUCCACCUAUAUUUGUACAUACUGUGGACUGAUCAACGCCAACUUAGCUGCAUAGCAUUCGUAAAGGGUUGGGGCCUGUUUUUUGUCAUUUCUUGAGUUUGUAUCUGUGCGCAUUCCGACGACACUGGUACAGGGCUGGACAAUUGCAAAGUCUGACGGUACCAGUGCUUUCAACCCUACUGCCAUUUGUGAUGGACCGCUGGGUGUCAGGUGGACUUUUGCCCGUACCAACUCCAAACAUGCAUCUAGGUUCAUGUGCUGUUUUGUGUUGUUUUUCUCCUUUAUAAGCUUGGUGCUCUUUGACAAAAAACGUAGAAACAUAGUUGCCUUAUUUGCAGUAGAGUGACUAAUAUGCAACAUAGUAAAUUGAGGAAGCAAACCCACAUUCUUUUGUUGUGCAUGGGCAAUCUGCCUUGGUUAAUAUUUUCACUUUGUAAUACAUCAGUAGCUACAAAAUUUCAGCACAUUUUCCAAACUGAAGCCUGCAUUUUGUCACAGAAGCAGGAAAAAGUAGCUAACUGAGGAACACACACAGGUAACUGUUGCUUGCAAAAGCAUAUUCAGCACUGAAGUUUGCAAUUACAUACGAUUGCAGCCUCGUCUCUUUAAAGGAAAGGAAUAUGCUGUGUCAUGUCUGCUUUGUAGGCAAAAAUGUUAUUCCCAGUUUACUGAAUCAUUUUACUAAAUGAAGUGCAAAAGCUACCACAAGGUAGUGGUUACCAGUUUCCAUGAAAUCUAAGACAGCUGUGUUGCUUCCUUCCACUCAAAUGUAGCAGGAACGUGCAGAGGAAAUUUAUACAUGUUUCUCAGAAAGCUUCGCAGUUGAGGAAAAAUUCAUCCUGGUCCGGGAUUCAAACCCAGGACCAACGCCUUUCCAGCUCGGUGGCUCUACCAAACUCUCGAAGCACAGGGACACAGAAUAUGGCAAGUCAGUUCUGUGGAAUCCGGCAAGAUGAAGUGGCAUGAAAGGGAAAACUGUCAUUCACCCGAAUGUGUCACGAAGCUACAAAGGAAACCAGUGCUUCGUGCUACAUUCAGGUGUAUGACGAUUUUCUCUUUCAUGACACUUCCACCACCUUACAGGAUUCCACAGAACUCACUUGCAAUACUGAAAACAUUAAAAAAUUAUUCGGCAAAUUUGCACAUUGUAUCUGGUCGCAAUUCAAAAUAAAGCCCAAUUGGGUUGGUCUGUGUAUAGUUUCCAAUGUGUGCAUAUUCCCAGGCUGUGUUUGGCAAGCAGCAACAAGAGCAUUGAUCCAUUGGUGAGGAAGACAUGAACAUGCUCAGCAGUGAACAUUUAGGACCUAACCUAGGGCUGACCACAUUCACAUUGGUUGUUAAGCAGAGUCUCAAUGUAAAAAGACCAGCAAGGCUUACAUUGAGUCCUCAAAAACAUCACACAUGUUCACAAAGGGGAUCAACCAUCCAUCAAGAAAUAAGACUGAAAAUAAACUCCAAAAUUUGCAGGAAGAAGGAACAGCUAUGGAAAUGCUACACAAUUAAGUAAUCAAAUAAUAAUUAAGACAUGAAAAAGCAUUACAACAGAAACCGGAUAACUAGAAAUGUAACAUACUAGAUGCUUUAUUGAACUUGAGUGCAGCACAGCACCAAAUGAUAAUGAUUAUGGUAAACAGGUAAUAAUGUUGCAAAUUUACAGAGAAUUUGAGGAAUGUUUCUUGCUAGUGGGUGAAAUGACUGCCUAUGUCUUCGGCAUUUAUUGCCAGGCACUUGCAUUCAUUGGCUCGAACUAAGGUUGCUACAGGUGAAACUCUACUUGGGAACUUGCGUAAAGCAAGGCACAUAAGGAAAAAGUGUGUUCCCAUGCCAUCUAUCGGCAACCUCUUGUCAGUUGUACAACUUAAUUUCACUGUAAAUAUUUCGCUUUUUGAGAAUCCUCCGAAAGCAGUUAGGUAAUGGAUUGUAGAGCAGAAAAGAAGGGAUAUACGUACUGAAGCAGGCUCCACAUUUAUUAAUUGUCAAGAAGCACGCAAAUUAAAAAAAUCUGUGCCUGGUGGUCCAGUAGGAUGACACCUGUCAACAUUGAGGGAAGAGGUUGGUUUUUUUUUUUUUUUUUUUUGCCUGGGGAACUUUCUUUGUCAAUUAACUUUGUGUUGGGAGGACUAAUUACAAUGGAAUGCUUUGUGUGUUUGUACAGUAGAUAACAUGUGAAACAUAAGACGUCUCUAUACAUAUAUGUAUAUGUAGAGCUUUUUGGUACUAAAUAAAUUAAUUUUUAUAAUGAU